UGCUCCACAAGGAGCACUACGUCGCCUCCAUGUCUGCGGGCAUUGAGACUGUGAGCGCAGCACGUCAGGCUCAAGAGGAGGAGAACAUGAUGAUGAACAGGCAGCCCUACCUCCCUCGACGAGGAGAGUCGCCUAUGGGCUCUAUUCGCUUUCCCUCCCGGGGUCCGUCGAGACCCACGUCUCCCGUCGGGAGUAUUGCGCGUGCUCCUUUCAGCAGGGUUGCAAGCGCUGCCAUGCCCUUACAGCCGCCCAACGUGUAUGCCAUGGGGGAGAACCUGAGCGAGCCUCAGCUUCUCCCUCCUCCCGAGAGGUUCAGGCGAGGGUCAAGAAGAGGCUCGACCGCAGUGCAGGCGGAGACCAGCGACCAAGGCGAGCAGAACAAGUUCAACGAUCGACGAGACAUCAUCAGGGAGAUGCGCAGGAGGCCGUCGGUGACGGACAGCGAGCCCGAGCACGACGGGCCUCCCGGGUACGAGCACAACCACAUGAACCACUAUGCAGGAGAGAUGGAUCGUGGGUGGGAGAGCCUCGAGGAGCCGGAGCCGAUGUAUGGUCAGAGGGAUCCCGGCGUGCCGCGACGGCUACCGAACCCCAUCAACGACAUGCGACGAGGAAUGCAGCAGAACUUCGGCUGGAACGAGGAUGAGAAUGCGAUGCAGUUCGGAGGGCAGUGGCCUCCCCAGGCUCGCAGGGGAGGAUUGGCUCCUCCAAAGGGCAUCGAGAGCGCCGAGGUGGUUCAGAGCCUCUUGGAACAGACAGCUCGCUUCAUCCAAGAAUUCGAUCGCCCACCCGCUGCUCAGCUUCACCGUCUCCAUCCACUUCCUCCGCUACAUCUUCCUCCCGCUGCUGUCCCCUGUCAUCGCGCUGUUCCGGUCUCAUUUACAGAAGUCUUAGGGCGUACUGGACAAGUUCGUGUGCAAUGCAGAGGCUGCUGAUGAGAUUGGCACGAGAAGAACAAAUCAAAUGUAUCGACUUCGUUG